AUGUUUCAGUUUAUCGCAGCUUCCGACAAAGUAUGGUUUCUACUCGAAUUAUACUCUUUUAUCGAUUAUUGCACAAUUCCGCCCAGUUUUGUAGCUAUAUAUCUACAACGGAAUUGGUUAGGUUUUCGCUUUCUUCGCGCCUUACGUCUGAUGACUGUGCCGGAUAUUCUACAGUACCUGAACAUUCUGAAGACCUCGUCAUCGAUUCGCCUCACUCAACUCGUCACGAUUUUUGUAUCCGUUUGUUUAACGGGUGCCGGUGGAGUACACUUAUUCGAGAAUUCGGGUGAUUUCUUCAAAGGAUUUAUCAAUCCGCAUCGUAUCACCUACGCCGAUUGUGUAUAUUUUCUUCUAGUCACAAUGUCGACCGUCGGUGAGUGUUUCUUCUAA